GAAUAUCUUGAUCAGUUUGCAUGUGUACAGGAGAGGAUGAGUGUACAAGAGGAGAUGAAUGAACUUCUGUUCCUGGUGUCUGAUCAGUCAUUGAUACUACUGCCUGAGUACCAUCAGAGAAUCAAGGAGGGACACGGUGAACAUCUUCGGAACGGAUAAAUAAACACGAUGUCGUCGGAAAAACACGGAUUGGAGGAGGCGGCAGGCAGGCAGGACAUGUCUCAGCAGAUGUCACAGAUGGCUCCACCUCCCUAUCUCCCCAGCCAGGACCCCAACAUGCCCCAACAUCCUCCUCCACCUGGCUGUGGUCCGCAGCCGAAUUAUCCCCCUCCCCCUCCUCCACCUGGAUCAGAGGGGCACCUGCAGGAGACACAGUUCCACUGCAGGACACUUGGGCCCCAGGGAGCGCCGAACACCUACACGGUGCAGACACAUGGACCAGGAGGCACCGUUCCUCAUCCUCCAGUGGGCUAUUUACAUCCAGGAUACCCGCUGCAACUGCAGCCCUGCACGGCAUAUGUGCCCGUCUAUCCUAUAGGAGCAGGGGCACAGCCUUACUUGCCAAACAGUGCCCCUCAUCCAGGUGUUGUCCCUGGCCAGAUGGCCAUGCAGAUGCCCACUGGCAUUGCUCUGAUGGAGCCUCGUCGUCCACCUCACGACUACCUGCCCAUCGCUGUCCUUACCACAGUCUGCUGCUUCUGGCCGACAGGAAUAAUCGCCAUCAUCAAAGCCGUGCAAGUGCGUACUGCUGUUGCUCGGGGCGACAUGGUUACAGCGGAGAUCGCCUCGCGUGAGGCGCGGAACUUCUCUUUCAUCAGCCUAGCCGUCGGCAUUGCCUCCAUCGUGCUCUGCACCAUCCUCACCGUGGUGGUCAUCAUUGCCUCUCAGCACCAUGAUGAUGACUGGGAGCCCUAGAGCCCCAGCGCAAGGACGAACCCCUCACCCUCCAGCCCUAAAAACCCCUGGCCACCAUUCCUAGACGGUAUUCUGCUUAUUCUGUCACACAACACAGAUCUUAUGGUUUCGGAAAUUCAGUAUUACUACCAUUUGCACAUGAAUUAGUCAUAAGAUAGUUCAGCAGUAUAGUAAAUCUGACUCUGGGUAAACACAACACAUCUACCAUACUAUAAAUAUGCACAUACGUCCACUCACAAUAACCUACCUGAAAACUCCCUCUUUGUCCUAAACAAACUCCUGUAUUAGAUUAAUAGCUUAAAAAUAUUGUGUUCUGAAGACUCAAGUCAGGUUAGUUGUGUUAUCAAUCUGCUCUUAAACUUGCCAAAAACAUUGCUUUUUAAAAGAAACACAAGUGUUACAGGAAAAAUGCAAUGCUUGAUAACGGUAGAUACUGAUUAUUUUGGUAUUAUUAAUUGUGGUUUUUAAAACAUUCCAUCUAUUGUGCAAUUCUUCUAUUUCUAAUCAAACUGUAUACAACAGAAAAGAUACAUUAUUUCUUUGCAGGUUCAACUGUCAAAUUUAGUCACAGAAGAUGUGGUUAAGUUAUUUAAUUUUUUAUAGGAAAGGAUUGAACAUUGUAAUACAGUAUAUAGAAUAUUUAAAAAUAGAUGAUUAAUGUUACUUUAUUAAAUGUUAUGCCACUUUUUACAUUUAAUUUACCCAAAGGAACUUCUGUAGUAUAGUUCAGAAAUGUAUAUGUCAGUAUUGCUAAUUCACGGGUUUCUUCUCUGAAGCCCGAAGCUAGAAACAUUCUUUAUGUAUGUACGCAGUAGCGAAUGCUUGGUAAAGGUAUUGCUAGCACUCAGUUCCAUUCUACAUACUUAAAGCUACAUUGUAUUAUUUCUGCAUUACUAGCGGCACAAAAUGGAAUUGCAAUCUUUUUGUUUAAGUGGCCCAACAUGACAACAUUGGUUCAACCAAAAGAUUAGAGUGAGACUAUCUGUGAUUUUUAGACUUGUUCGAAAAAUGUUACUAUUUUGUAUUAUUAUUAUUACACACUGAAGCUUUAAUGUGCACUCUAGCUAUAAAUGUUUCGACAGUUUAACAGUCUUUUAGUAACUUUUACUAGUCUUAACAAACUUUUACUUGCUCAGCAAGAUUCUCUUCAAACUGCUCCGCCAUCGCAGCACAAUAAAAAGGUAAUGUUAAUAUAUAGCGCCUCAUGUGGCCAUGCUGAGAAUGCAACGCAUAUUUGAGCUGCAUUAUGAAUGCAUUCUCACACAUUUCAGCACGUAAAAAUGUGUGUUUGUUGCAAUUGAUCUUGCAUAGCUAGAAUCGUUUGCGUUCACAUGCUUGCGUAGGAUAUGUUUCGGCAAUGGUGUUCCAGAGUGUUCUGUUUUAAGCACGUGUUAAAUUGAUCCAGUUCAGAGAUUCUGAGAGAAUGUAUUGGAGGGUGAAAUUACGGCUUCAUUAAUGACUUUUGUAAAGUGGCUCCUCAUUGAGUGAAGACGUGGCAUUUCUCUGUUGUGAAAUAGUGUGUUAUUUAUUGUUUAAACACUAGAUUAUUCAUUUGUGUAAGAAACGGAUAAUUCUAUAUUUAUUGAAAUACGUAAUCAUAGGUCUAAUUGUUGUGCUGAAAUAUUUUAUUAUCUUUUAUAGGUAACAGUCAAUCAGAUUAUUGCUGGCAUAUUUUUAUGAAGCAUGUAGUAAUAUGCACUUUUCUGCUCAGUAAGCAAGUAGCUAGUUUGUCUCACUUUGUAGAUGAGAGAGUAACUUGCUUCAAAUUCUGACCUCAUGGAAACUCUUCACAUGCUGCUGCGAGUUACUGUAGCUGUAGUUUGUCAGGUAAACGCAUUUAGCACAUUAUUUUGGUAAAAUUAAAAAAAAUCAAAAGAUCCCAGAGAGGUAAGACUUAUACGUAUACUAUACAGAAAACAUAGACGCAAUGCUUUUGAUUUUGAUUUUAAGACUCCAGCAAGUGAAUUAAUCUUUUUUAGUGCUUUCAAAAUGCAUACAUCUGUCAAGCACCUAUUUAUCAGUCAAACUGUUAUUUUAUCUCUGAUCAUUCAAGAAAUAGUUCAUCCAAAAAAUAAAAGUCCUAUUACUCACCCUAAUGUUGUUCUAAUGUGAUUUAUUUCUUCAGUCAAACACAAAUGGUAUGUUAGGGCAAAUGUUCAUGCUGCUCUUUUCCAUACAAUGAAAGUGAAAAUGGACUGGGGCUUUGGUGCUCCAAAUUAAAUAAAAGACUUUUAUGCUGCUUUUUUUUUUUUUUUUUUUUGCCCCAGUCCCUAUUCACUUUCAUUGUAUAAAAAAGGACAUUCUGAUUAAUAUCUCUUUUUGUGUUCCACGAAGAAAAGGAGGUCAGAUGGUUUGAGUAAAAGACCAAAUUUCUAUUCGGGGGUGAACUAUUCCUUUCAAAACAAGAUCAAUAAAGUGGCAUUUUUAUUUGUGGAUAAAGUUUCACAAUGAAUACAUUUCAGGCUUGACAGUUGUGCUGAGAGUAAAGUGUGCAUCAUUGCUUCAGUCAAAUACCUGCCAAUUUUGAUACAUAAAUGUGUCCAAUAAUGAAUUAUGGAAGAAGGGAGACAUUUUAUUUUUUACAUCUAUUUUCAGCACUUUCUUCCCCUUUUUACCCCAUGUCAAUCAAUUUUAAAUAUUUAUUUUACUUGUGUAAUUUGAACGGCAUCAUAUCUUUCUUUUCCUGCUCUCUUUAAUCACUUUCUAAUAUCUAUCUGAUCUAUUUUUGAACAAAUGACUUGCAGAAUAUAGCAAAUGUUUUGCUGAUCUGUUUGUUGAAGGACUUCUGAUGUAUUGUUUUUAACUGUUAGAGGUGUGAUUGUACAUGGUCAUCUUUAUAUGGGCUACAUCUAAAAAUAUGGCCCUUAUUUUCUAAGGACUGUUCAAGCGAGCAUAGUUUCAAUAGGAAUCCUUUGUCUGUUACUAAGACAAACUGGUCCAAUAACAUUAUUUUGAUGUUUUAAGGUUGUGCCAACGCUGUAUAGUUGAUGUAACCCUAGCUCCUGUUUAUUAAUAUCCUGGCAAUAUGCUUUUUCACACAGUGUGAUAUAAAGCCAAUGCUUUAUUGAUGUCAACAUGACCACUAAAAUCUUAUUAUCUGUGGUUUAUGCACACGGUUUCUCUAAGCUUGUAAAUGCGACGGUUUAUUCAAAUGCAAGCUCCCUUGUGCUUGUGUGCUUCUAGAGAUUUAUUCUUCUGAAUCUCAUGAACAUGUUACAGUCAUAUUUAACCCCAAAAUCAAAAGAAAGAAAUAAUAAAUUAUAUUUUGCAUGAAGUAAAUGCAGCCUAUUUUUAGGACCAUUAAGAUUUUUUGCUUUGUGGCAUUUUCUAUGAUGGUAGUUUCCCCAAAAUUCUCAUUACCAUAAUGCAAAAAAUCUCAUUGUCAUUACUAUAAAAUAAAAAUUAUAUAUUAUUUAAAUUGUGAAGUAUUUAUACAUGAUGAGAGUAUUUGUUAUACUGCCUUUAAUUAAUGCUGAUUUCAUUGAAUUCAUUGCCCACUAGAUUUCCCAUGUGCCCCUCAGUCAGGUGGCAACCCAGCCCCCCGAUCAGAUUAAAAGAGAAUCUAUUGCCCAACCUAAUGGUCACCUAUAUUAUACAUACAUUAUUUUGGGUUGAAAUGUGAUUUCAAGAUGUUGUCGUGAGAUUCAGGCUUUUGGAGAUCAAACAUUGAUUUUCUGUGUAUGAAUCCAGUGAUUUGAAUUAAAGAGGAAUACCUGGUUG